AAAGAAGUACAUUGGAUGAUGUGCAAAAAUGAAAGUGGACAAACACUUAGGGACGGGUGGAGGGAGUAUAUCACUCGUGUGUGCAGUGGUGUUAAUUAAUCUUGUUACGGAGUACUCCGUAUUAUAAAUGGCGUCAACUUGGCUGGUCCUCCUGUUUGCGGCGGCGGCGGCCGCCGGAUUUAUUACUGUUGCAGCGGUUAACGGUACUGAUGAUAAUCCGUCGUCCCCCGACAGCAGUGCAAUGAAGAUGCUGAAGGACAGCCUUGUGUUCCCGCCGGGGUCACCACUCCUGUCUACUUGGAAUAACCAGCCGGACCCGUGCCGGUGGAAAGGGGUGUGGUGCGACGGCGACAACCGGGUUUGGAAGAUCGACAUCGGUAAUUACGGCCUCGACGGCACCCUCCCGGCGGCCGGUCUCGGGGAGCUCCCCUACCUCAAUGAAUUCUCCGCCGGCCGCAACAAUUUCACCUCCAAUUCUUUCGCGUCGGGUCUCUUCCGUAUUUCUUCUAACUUGGUAAAUGUUUCCCUGGACUUCAACACUUUUCUUGAACCGUGGAAGAUCCCGGAGAGUCUCGCGGCAGCUCGGAAUCUUACGUCAUUCUCCGCCGCCGGCUGCAACGUCAACGGCGAUCUCUCAAUCUUGAAAGGGAUGCCGCGGCUGAAGCAUGUCAGGCUGCACCUGAACCAAAUUUCCGGCGAAAUUCCCGACCUCUCCGCCCUCACGUCCUUGCGAGAAUUCACCGCGAGCAAUAACAGUCUCGCCGGUCCGGUGCCGGAAACAUUGGGAAACAUCACCUCCCUACAAGAUCUGAGCCUGGCGAAUAACUACCUGACCGGAGCUAUUCCUCCGGCCAUCACGCGUUUGACCAAUCUCCUCAGACUGGACCUUUCCUAUAACCGGCUUGCCGGCGAAAUACCCGACAUGUCCGGCCUCGUGUCCUUGAAAGAAUUCAUCGCCGGCUACAACGGUCUCUCCGGCCCGGUGCCGGAAACACUGGGGAACAUCACAACACUGCAAGAAGUGAGUCUGGUGUUCAACAAUCUGACAGGAACUAUUCCUCCGGCCAUCGCACGUUUGACCAAUCUUCUCAGACUCGACCUUUCCUAUAACAAGCUUUCCGGCGAAAUACCCGACCUGUCCGGCCUCAGAUCGUUGCAAGUAUUCUACGUGUACUCGAACCAAUUUACCGGUCGGGUGCCGGAAUCAUUGGCGGACAUCCCGACACUGCAAGAUGUGAGGCUGGCGUAUAACAGCCUGAAGGGAAAUAUUCCUCCGGAGAUCACGCGCUUGACCGGUCUUCUCAGAUUGGACUUAUCCUACAAUUAUCAGAUUUGCGUAUUUACAACUGUUGCGGCGGAUGAUGGCCCGGCGUGCCUCGACAAUGCGGCAAUGCAGAAUCUGAAGGCCAGCCUGGUGUUCCCGACGACGGGAUCAUCUGUCGACAUAGGCUUGGAAAGUUGGAAUAAGACGAACGCAUGCGAGUGGAACGGGAUAUUUUGCGACGUUGUCGGCCAGGUUUGGAAGGUCAACAUCGAGGGUUUCUAUCUCGGAGGCACCCUCACGGCGGCCGGCCUCGGAUCACUCCCCUCCCUCCGUGAGUUCUACGCCAAAGGCAGCCAGUUCACCUCACUCCCGUCCGAUCUCUUCGCUAAUUUGACCAAAUUGGAGGUAGUUUCUCUCGACGACAACACUUACCUUUCGCCGUGGAACAUCCCGGAGAGUCUCACGGCGGCUCGGAAUCUUUGGUCUUUCUCCGCCGCCAACUCUAACAUGCAGGGCACCUUACCGGAAUUUCUCACCGAAAAAAAUUUCCCGGCCUUACGCUUUCUUGAUCUCUCGGACCAUAGUUUGUCGGGGCCUAUCCCUUCCCAGCUUCCGGCAACUCUGGAGACUCUCCGGUUGAGGGCACAAUACCAAGGUCAUCAUUUGUCCGGCAAAAUACCCGACUUGUCCCGCUUCUCGUCUUUGAAAGAACUCGACCUGAACUAUAACGAUCUUACCGGUCCGAUUCCGGCGAUAAUCCCAUCAUCACUGCAAGUUUUGAGGAUGGCAUAUAACAAACUCGCCGGCGAAAUACCCGACCUCUCCAGCCUCACAUCUUUGCAAGAAGUGAGGCUGGAGGGUAAUACUCUGACCGGAGCUAUUCCUCCGAUCACAAAUAGUUUGACCAAUCUUUCAACACUCGACCUUUCUCGAAACCAGAUUCCCGGCGAAAUUCCCAACCUGUCUCCCCUUGCGUCCUUGAAAAACCUUUACAUGAACGGUAAUCGUCUUACCGGUCCGGUGCCGGAAUUGCUGGUGAACCUCACUUUACUUGAAUAUGGGAGCCUGGCGGGGAACAGUCUGAUGGGAACUAUUCCUAGGAACAUCACGCAUUUGACCCAUCUUUCCCAACUCGACCUUUCUAAUAAUCAGCUCUCCGGCUGUGUCCCGCCCAUGGCUCACGACGAGCAUGGUGAGGAAGUGAUCGAAACAGUGGGAAAUACCGGUAUAACUGGAACAUGCCUGCCGUGAUUAGGAGGACGACGACGGCGACGUGAGGUUGGAUGUUUCCACUUUAAAGCUGUCGUCAUUUCGUUUUGCACUAUCCUAAUAAUUCUCCUCUGUACUUUUAUUUUCGAUCUUUCUAAAAGUGUACGUCUCUGUUUAAUACACUUAUUAAGUUUUU